AUGGAAAGGUUCUUUAAAAGGAAAUCAGACAUGUUGCAACCCCCUGCAAAUUGUGAAAUAUCAAAGGACAUUCGUGUUGAGGCAGAGAUAAAUUUGUCAGAGCUACCAUCAGAUCCUGGAUUGCGAAAGAAAAUUUCAGACUACCCUUUGAGUAUUCAAGACCAAGUUCGAAGAGUAUAUUUGCAAAGGGGUCCUUGUCUUACAUUCCGGGGCCAUGAUGAGUCAGAAAAUUCAAGCAAUCAAGGUAACUUUGUUGAGCUUUUACAAUUUCUUGCUGAUCAUGAUGAACAACUUAGAGCUGUGGCAUUGAAAAACGCUCCAGCGAACCUCAAAUUGACAUCACCAACAAUUCAGAAAGAGAUAGUAAAUGCUGCAACAGUUGAAACAACAGAUGCUAUAAUUAGAGACAUGGAUAAUGUAUUGUUCUCCAUUCUAGUUGAUGAAGCUAGAGAUGUUUCUAUAAAAGAGCAAAUGGCUGUAAUUUUUUGUUAUGUGGAUAAAAGGGGUUGUGUGAUUGAACGUUUUAUUGGCAUUGUACAUGUUGCUAAUACCACUGCCAAAACACUCAAAAAAGCUAUAGAUGAAUUGCUUAGUAAGCAUAAACUGAGCAUAUCAAGUUUACGUGGUCAAGGCUUCGAUGGAGCAAGUAAUAUGAGUGGGGAACUGAAUGGCUUAAAGACACUUAUUUUGAAGGAUAAUCCCACUGCUUUCUAUGUCCACUGUUUUGCACAUCAGCUUCAGUUAGCUUUGGUGGCUGUGGCAAAGAAACAUAGUAUUAUAGGUGCUUUCUUCACAUCAGUUGCUAAUGUUGUGAAUAUUGUUGGUGCCUCUUCCAAACGUCGAGACAUUCUUCGAGAAAAAGUUGAUGUGCUAGAUGAAAUUGCAAAUGACAAAGUAGGUUCUGAUCAAAAAGAUAAUGCAUACAUUUCAUUGGGGUUAUUGCAAUCUUUUGAUUACAUAUUCAGUUUGCAUUUAAUGAGGAUUGUACUUGGUAUUAGUCAUGAGUUGUCCCAAGCAUUGCAAAAAGAUGAUCAAGAUAUAAUAAAUGCAAUGGAUUUAGUGAAAAUAUGCAAGAGAAAGUUGCAGAAUUUGAGGGAUAAUGGAUGGGAUUCUUUACUAGACCAAGUUGUUAUUUUUUGUGGCAAAGAGAAUAUCAUGGUUCCCAACAUGAGUGAGCAGCAUAUAUGUAAAGGAAAAUCAAAGCGGAAAAGUCCAGAAAUCACAAACUUGCACUAUUAUCAUUUUGAUUUCUUUUGUGCUGUGAUAGAUCUCCAACUUCAAGAGUUGAACAAUCGUUUCAAUGAGGAUAAUACAGAGCUACUCCUUUGUAUUGCAUGUUUGAGUCCGAAUUAUUCAUUUUCUGCUUUCAACGAGGAACGUUUGAUGCUUCUUGCUAGCUUUUAUCCGACUGAUUUUUCUACAACUGAGCUAUUGUUACUGGAGUCACAGCUAGAUAUAUAUAUCGAUGACAUGCAAUCAAACACUAAGUUUCAAGACUUGCAUGGGAUUUCUGAUCUAGCACAGAAACUUGUUGAGACAGGAAAGAGUAGGACAUAUAUGUUUGUCUAUAAGCUCAUUACCUUGGCACUAGUACUUCCGGUUGCAACAGCUACAUUUGAAAGAGCAUUCUCUGCCAUGAACAUUGUAAAGAAUAGAACGCGAGAUCGAAUAGGAGAUCAGUGGUUAAAUGAUAGCUUAAUUGUGUACCUUGAGAAGGAUAUCUUCAAUGAUAUUGAUAAUGAGGCUAUAAUUCAAAGGUUCCAAAACAUGGCUACACAUAGAGGACAUCUAUAG